AUGGGCUUUGUUGAACUAGCACUACAUAAAUCUGAAGAUACUGUAGCUGCUUUUUUCAUUAUGACGAUUGAUCAAAGUAAAAUUUCAGCUUCUAAAAUUCCAUUCGCCUCGAUUGAAAAAUACACAGCAAUUAAAGGCGAACAAGAAAUUCUUUUUUCUACGCACACAGUAUUUCGCGCCGAUGAAAUUAAACAGGCUCUAGACAACAAUCGUCUAUGGCAGAUACAAUUGGCAUUCACCGACGACAAUGAUCCACAACUGGGUGAUCUCAUGAAAUGCAUACGAGACGAGACUCAAGAAACGACUGAAUGGCAUCGAAUAGGUAAACUGAUGCUCAGAAUGGGUCAUUUUAAGCAAGCAGAAGAAUUCUGCAAUCAAUUACUGAACAAUUCGUCCAGUGAUAGUGAUACUGAAUCUAUCUAUCAUAUGCUUGGAGGGAUGAAACAUACUAAAGGUGAAUACAAAGAAGCAGUUAAAUUUUUCGAAAAGGCACUCGAAAUCAAACGAAAAACUGUUCCAGAAGAUGAUCCUUCAUUAGCUAAUACCUACACAGGCAUCGGACUACUAUAUAACAAUAUGGGAGAUUACUCGAAAGCACUUGAGUAUUAUGAAAAAGCACAUCAAAUAAGCGAAAGAGCUCUCCCUCUGAGGCACUCUAAUUUGGCUAGUUUCUACGCCUGCAUCGAUGGAGUGUACAAUGCAAUGGGCGACUAUUCGAAAGCACUUGAAUGUUAUCGAAAAGCUCAUCAAAUUUCAGAGAUAGUUCUGGCUCAAAAUCAUCCCAGUUUGGCUAAUUCAUAUAAAAACAUCGGUACAACGCAUUAUGACUUAGGCGAUUAUACAGCAGCUCUUAAGGCUCUUCAAAAUACUGAUGAAAUUCAACAAAAAGUGUUUCAAGAAGGUAAUCCAGCUUUUUCUUUUACAUGUGGUUGGCUAGGAAGAGUUUAUCGCAGUAUGCAAGAUUAUCCAAAGACAUUGAGUUAUUGUGAAAAGCUUGUUAGCGCAGCCCCUUUGAGGCUGAAAUGUGGAACUCGCAUAUGUUCUUCAGCUUCGUCAUAUUAA